GAUGGCAUUUUGGCACUGACGGUGCGCCACGCUUCUGCCGCAGAGCAAUCGAAGAGGCAAUGGAUCCUACUUGAUGGUCCCGUCGAUGCGGUGUGGAUCGAAAACUUGAACACGGUCUUGGAUGACAACAAGAAGCUUUGCUUGAAUAGUGGCGAGAUCAUCAAGCUGACGCCGGUGACAACCAUGAUGUUUGAGGUGGAGGACUUGUCUGCAGCCUCGCCAGCCACAGUCUCUCGAUGCGGCAUGGUGUUCUUGGAGCAGCAAGACAUCGGCUGGCGAGUGCUUAUGAUGUCUUGGUGCGAGAGGCUACCGGAACGUCUCAGAGACCACGCGACACUGCUCCAGGAGUUGAUGGACUCGUCAUUGGACGCCGUCUUCGAAAUGAUCUCCAGAAAGGUCACGAAGCCCGUUCCGGUCAGCAUCAACUGGUUGGUGUUAAAUCUUCUGCACCUGAUGUCCGCACUCCUCCAGGCAGAGCUGCCGCUGGAUCCCAACACCAAGGACCUCCCUGUGAAGGAGAAAGAGUCAAAGCUGGAGGCACUGUUCUGGUUGAGCUUAGUGUGGAGCUUUGGCUGCGUCACGGACAGUGAAGGGAGAAUCGUGAUGGAUCCCUUCUUCCGCAAGCUGGCCUCAGGACAGACGCAGGGCAUGAAGGAGGAGUUCGGCCUUCUUUGCCAAGAGCCGGCUCAGCGCACAAGUGCGCAAGCUCGCGGUGGGCCACCAAGUUUUCCAGAAGAGGGAAGUGUCUUCGACUAUUUUCCGGUCGGGCCAAGCAACAAGUGGGAGCCGUGGAGCAAGAAGAUCGGCACCUUCGACAUCCCCAAGGAUGCGCAGGCUCACUCGCUCAUUGUUCCCACCUCCGACACGGUGAGGAACGCAUUCUUCCUGCAGAUGCUGGUCAAAGCAGAAUGCCAUGUGCUUUUUGCAGGUCCGACCGGCACUGGAAAAACGGUGGUGAUCCAGCAGCAGCUCCUGAAAGGGUUCGACAGAGAGAAGUACAACACCUUCGCUUUCGCCUUCAGCGCCCAGUCCAGUGCAAACCAGACUCAGGAUGUGAUCGAUGGCAAGCUGGACAAGAGGAAGAAAGGUUGCUAUGGUCCACCGUUCGGAAAGCGGUGCCUGGUCUUCGUGGACGACUUGAACAUGCCAGCAAAGGAGAAGUUUGGCGCCCAACCUCCAAUCGAGCUGCUAAGGCAGUGGAUGGACACGAGCGGAUGGUAUGAGCGGAAGACGUGCGAGUACCGUCAGCUGGUGGACCUGAACUUCAUUGCUGCUCUGACGCCCAGCGCUGGUCGGCCACAGAUCACAGCCCGCUACAUGAGGCACUACAACUACUUUUAUGCCCUGCCCUUCGAGGGUGAGAGCCUCCACCGAAUCUUUCAAACUGUGCUGCAGUGGUAUUUGGCCAAAUUUCCUGGCCAGGUCAGCUCGCUCAGCGGCAAUGUAGUGAAAGCGACGGUUGACGUUUACCACUCCAUCUCGGCCAACAUGCUCCCCACGCCCGCCAAGUCGCACUACACCUUCAACUUGAGGGACCUGGCAAAGGUCAACCAGGGGAUCUGCCUCUGCAGCAAGGAGUCGCUUCCUUCCGCAGAUGACUUCAUCAAGUGCUGGGUGCACGAAUGCCAGCGAGUUUUCCAGGCGCUACUGGGAGCGGGCGGAAGCUGUCAAGAGCAUGCAUGA